AUGGAUUCCGAUUCAGACUCGGACGGCUCACAUAUUUCAGCCACUCCUCCACGUGACUCACUCCCGCCUCCGAGGAGGCUGCCGCAACCGCCUCCAAAACCUCCUUCCUCCUCCUUGAAAUCUACAGCAAAGAUCAAACCCUCCUCUCAUCCAGACACCAUUUUCAAACCCAAAAAGCCGUCUUCGUUAAAACAUGAUAAACCCAAACCCAAACCCAAAGUUGUACCGGAACCCGAACCCAAACCUAUUCAGCAACAGGAUCUCCCUUCUCCAGUCGGCAAUUUUCCUUUCCAGAUUCGUCGUCCGUCGGAUCAACCCCGUCAAAUCUCCGUCGGACGUUCCCUUGAAACCCUCCCCGCUGGUUUCUUCUCCACGCGCCGUGUUUCCUUCUCCAAAAUCUCUAAACCUUCCCUUAAUUUUGAACCCGAAACCACACCGGAAAUAACCGCCGAACCUAAAAUUAAAGUCUCCGACUGCUCAGGUUCCACCAAAAUUUUCAACAAGAAUCUUCCGAAUUUGAUCAGAGGGGAUGCCCCUUUACCUGAAGUUAAAUUACAAAGACGCAGUGAAGAAGGUAACUUCGUUAAGCUAAAUUUCAGAGGCUAUAAGCGCAAGUUCACAGCUAAAGGUAAAAAGAUGAACAAUUACUCUUACAAAUCAAAGUAUUUCAAAAGAAGCAAGAGAAGAGUCAAACCCGAAGUUCAUAUGGGAAACCUUUGCGACGAAGAAGGUUUAGUUUCUGACAUUACACAGCAUUCGAAAGUAGAGAACCUUAGUAGAUUUGAGUCAGUUGAAGCAGCAAUUUCUGCGGUUCGAAAUGAGGUAUCGGAUGAGAACCUGGUGAGGUUGUUGAAAGCUAUGUAUGGCUAUGAUUCAUUCCGUGACGGACAGCUGGAAGCAAUCAAAAUGGUGCUUGCUGGCAAAUCAGCGAUGCUAGUUUUGCCAACUGGAGCUGGGAAGUCGCUUUGCUAUCAAAUUCCGGCAGUGGUUUUACCAGGGGUUACAUUGGUGGUGAGUCCAUUGGUGGCUUUGAUGAUUGAUCAGUUGAAACAGUUGCCUUCCAUGAUUCCAGGCGGUUUCUUGUCUAGCAGUCAGGGACCCGAAGAGGCUGCCGAGACACUAAGAAUGAUUCAAGAAGGAAGCAUAAAAGUGCUUUUUGUUUCACCAGAAAGACUUUUGAAUGCAGACUUUUUGUCAAUAUUUUCUGGUACUACAUCUGUAUCACUUGUCGUGGUUGAUGAAGCUCAUUGUGUAUCUGAAUGGUCACAUAAUUUUCGGCCGUCAUAUAUGCGGCUGAGGGCAUCUUUACUUCGUGCCAAAUUCAAUGCUGAAUGCAUUCUUGCAAUGACUGCAACUGCCACAACCACAACUUUGUCAUCUGUUAUGUCAGCGUUAGAGAUUUCUUCAACCAACCUAAUUCAAAAGGCACAAGUAAGGGAUAAUCUACGGCUAUCGGUGUCUUUGAGUGGCAAUAGGAUGAAGGAUAUGCUAAAGUUGAUGAAGUCCUCUCCUUUUCUGGAAGCUCGAAGCAUUAUUGUUUACUGCAAAUUUCAGUCUGAAACUGAUGAGAUAAGCAGGUACUUAUGUGAUAACAAUAUCUCUGCAAAGAGUUACCAUAGUGGAAUGCUGGCAAGGGAUCGCAGCCGCAUACAGGAGUUGUUUUGUGCCAACAAGAUCAGAGUGGUUGUUGCAACUGUGGCAUUUGGCAUGGGGCUUGACAAGAGGGAUGUUGGAGCUGUAAUUCAUUAUAGUUUGCCAGAAAGCUUGGAAGAGUAUGUCCAGGAGAUUGGUCGUGGUGGACGAGAUGGGAGAUUGUCUUAUUGCCAUCUUUAUUUUGACGACGUCACAUAUUACAAGCUCCGAAGUCUUAUGCACAGUGAUGGAGUGGAUGAGUUUUCAGUAAACAAAUUCCUUUGUCAAGUUUUUGCUGAUGACGGAAAUUCACAUGGGGAAGUUUGUUCACUGGUCAAAGAAUCUGUAUCUCGUAAAUUCGAUAUGAAAGAAGAGGUAAUGCUCACACUUUUAACACAUCUGGAGUUGGGUGAAACACAAUACUUGCAUCUGCUUCCACAGCUAAAUGUUACUUGUACUCUGAAUUUCCAUAAGACUUCCCCAAUGUCACUUGCUGACAAGGAUCCUGCAGUUGCUGCUAUUUUGAGGAAGUCAGAAAUUAAGCAAGGGCAGUAUGUGUUUGAUAUACCCACUGUGGCAAAUAGCAUUGGGAUUGCACCUAGUGAGCUAUCAAAUCACUUGCAGGAUCUUAAGGUAAAGGGAGAAAUAACAUACGAGUUGAAGGAUCCAGCCUUCUGCUUUAAGGUUGUGAAGUUUCCUAGUGAUUUCUGUUCUCUUACGGAACUUCUUACAAGAUGGUUACUGGAUAUUGAGAAUUGCAAGGUAUGGAAAUUGGAUGUCAUGUACAGUUCUGCAGUUUUUGCAGUGAAUGCAUGCGAGAAGACACAUGAUUGCAAUGUUGCUCAGCAGACAACAUGCUUGCAAGAGAGGAUUUUGGAUUAUUUUAAGGGACACAAUAAUCCUGAUGUCCUUGAUAAGAUGGGUCACAACAGCCCUUUUCUACGUGCAGAUAUAAAGGUCUUUCUGCAGAGCAACUCCAAUGUUAAGUUUACUCCAAGAGCUAUUGCAAGGGUAAUGCAUGGAAUUGGGAGCCCAUCCUAUCCUUCUUCAACUUGGUCAAGAACUCAUUUCUGGGGAAGGUAUACACAGAUAGAUUUCAAGGCGGUAAUGAAUGCAGCAAAGGCAGAGCUCAUGAACUUUGUUGGAAAAGAUGCACCUUAAAUCCUUGUCGAUGUUUUUAUACUUCUUUCCGAUAAUGCUUUGGCGGUCUGGAAGUUGGUUUUGCAGAGAAGAGGACAACAAGAUAAAAAGGCAGUUUACGUGCAGGUGUAAUUUAUAUGACAGUCUGCGUAAAUGAUAUAUACCGUAAGAAUUAUUCGACUUUUGAAGGUUAAGUAGGAAGGGGUGGUGUUGGUGGAGCUGAGACUGAGAGGUGACAUAAUAUUUGUAUUUAAUUCUUUAUAUUUAUUGGAAUUUAUAUGUGUUUAUGGAAAAUGUUUCCUCAACAGCCUCGAGUAUAAUAAUGAGUUUUAU